GUGAGAUUGAAGGCUUUGUAUACACUUACUCGGUCUUGGCCCUUUAACAAUGGAUGGACACAGCUCGGUGGAUUGAUGGAUUGGAUCAGUCAUUGGGAGAUAGAUUUGGGGUUCGGUUACAAGAAAAGCGAAAUGCUGUUGGAUCCUCGGCGGAGACCGGGAGGUGAACAGUGAUUCAAGGACAUUUUUCUUUUCUUCAUUUUUACCCUCUGAUCUUGUUCAUGCAAUGGAGUUAGAAGGGCUGUGGUGGAAAGGGCAGUUGGCUGCAGAUAUUCACCAGACACUAAGGUUUAAAGAACUUAAACUUCCUUCCUACAAAGGCCAGUCUCCCCAGUUGAACCUAAGACGAUACUUUGCAGAUCUGAUUGCUAUUGUCAGUAAUCGGUUUAAGUUAUGCCCCACUGCACGCCAUCUUGCAGUAUAUCUUCUGGAUCUUUUUAUGGACAGAUAUGACAUUUCCAUCCAACAGUUACAUAUUGUGGCUUUAUCAUGUUUGCUUUUAGCAAGUAAAUUUGAAGACAAAGAAGAUCGGGUACCGAAAUUAGAUCAACUGAACAGCCUGGGGUGCAUGACAAAUAUGAAUUUGGUGCUGACAAAGCAGAAUUUGCUUCAUAUGGAGCUCUUGCUGUUAGAAACAUUUGAGUGGAACUUGUGCCUUCCCACGCCUGCUCAUUUUAUAGAGUACUACUUGUCCAUUGCUGUUCAUGACACCGAUCUCCACGAUGGCUGGCCAAUGAUUUGCUUAGAAAAGACAAAGAUCUACAUGGCAAAAUAUGCAGACUACUUCUUAGAAGUAUCAUUACAAGAUCACAUGUUUUUAAAUUAUAUUCCAUCGCUUGUUGCCGCCGCUUGCGUAGCUGCUUCUCGAAUAAUUCUGAGACUUUCCCCAACUUGGCCCACAAGGCUGCAACGGCUGACAGUGUACCCCUGGGAAAUUCUUGUGCCUUGCAUUGAGAGAUUGUUGAUUGCCCAUGACAAUGACGUGAAAGAAGCUAAUAAGCAUAAAGUACAAUUGGGACACGCCCCAUCACAGUGUCUGUUUCCUCAAUCUCCAGCUCCACCACAGGCUUCAGUUCAGCAACAUAUGCCACAAUAUCUUCACCAACAGCACCAAUUACAGUUUCACCAUCCAACGUCUCAACCGCAAAGCUGCCAACAAAUUGGGUCUUCAGCCCAUACAUCUUCUUAUACACUUCAAUCCUGUGCUUCUGGUGUACCUUCUGUUCAGGCACGAGGGCACCUACAAACUGGUACCAGUAUGUCAUUGGCAGCUGUACCUAUUGAAGUUAAGCCCUGUAUUGGCAUCUCCUAUAACAGAAGUUACCAGGUUAAUGGACACUACCCCUGUAUAACUCAGUGUUUUGAAAGGUGAUAAACAAAUAACCUAUAUAAAAAAAAAAAAAAAAAAUACAUAAACAAACGACCUUAAAUAUACUGUGAAUUCUACAGCCGCAAGAUUUUUUUUUUAUUUUUUUUUCUGGAGGAAAAAUGGCUGAGGAACACAUUGGGGUGUCUGUUACACAAGAAUUGCAUCUUGAAAUAUUAUUAUGUAUAUAAACAUUCAACAUCAAACCACUCUGACGGUGAAGAGCAUGUGCAUAAUAAAAUAAAAAGCUUACAAAGGGAA